UUUACUAAUAAUGUUCGAGUAAUGUAUGUCUUUUUUGAUUAUCUAGUAACUUUUACCAAAAUAACUACAUUUCCAUAUUCUAGAGACGCACAAUCGUUAGCGAGAACCAGAAAUUCAAGUGUACAAAGCGUUCGAGAAGCUAUCACACCACUUCCAAAUGCCAAUAAUCAAAUGCCGAACAAUUUCCCCAGAAACACUUUGGAACUGCUAAGAUUGACCGUACACAAGAUCGAUGUUUUUUUAACAUUUUAUAAUUUACCAAGAAACGGAAGUGUUUUAGUUAAACGUGAACGGUUAAGUAAAUUCCUGGGACUCAAAUUAAUCUAAAGUUGUGUCCUGAAUCGCGUGGUCAAAUAAUCGUUUUCUAAAAAUCUAUACCGCAGAAUAUGCUAUACGCAGUAAUACGGGUUCUAAGUUCUAAAAAUGAUCUGCAUGUGACAUUCUGUUUUAUGUUUAUUAUAUCAAAUAUUGUAAAAUUGUUGGAUAUUGUCAAUUUUUUUUAAUUUUCUUAAAUAAUAAUAAAUAAAAUA